AAGAAGCUCGGAGAUGCUGCGUAACGCGCAUGCGCAGUAGCAGCCGCCGGUAGAAGGAGUCUCCGCCGUCGGAAGCUCUGAGGGGGAGACACGAUGCCGGAUUACCUGGGAACCGACCAGCGCAAAACCAAAGAGGAGGAGAAGGAGGACAAACCCAUCCGCGCUUUGGAUGAAGGUGACAUUGCUUUGUUGAAAACCUAUGGCCAGAGUACAUACUCGAGGCAGAUCAAGCAAGUCGAAGAUGACAUUCAGCAGCUGCUUAAGAAAAUCAAUGAGCUCACGGGUAUUAAGGAAUCAGACACUGGCUUGGCUCCCCCUGCUCUCUGGGAUCUCGCUGCAGAUAAGCAAACUCUUCAGAGUGAGCAGCCACUGCAAGUGGCAAGAUGCACCAAGAUAAUCAAUGCAGAUUCUGAGGAUCCUAAGUACAUUAUCAAUGUGAAGCAGUUUGCCAAAUUUGUGGUUGAUCUUAGUGAUCAGGUGGCACCCACCGACAUUGAAGAAGGGAUGAGAGUUGGUGUUGACAGAAACAAGUAUCAGAUUCAUAUCCCUCUGCCUCCAAAGAUUGAUCCAACUGUUACUAUGAUGCAGGUAGAGGAAAAGCCUGAUGUCACCUACAGUGAUGUUGGAGGUUGUAAAGAACAGAUUGAGAAGCUAAGAGAGGUGGUGGAAACACCCUUGCUUCAUCCAGAACGAUUUGUCAAUCUGGGGAUCGAGCCCCCUAAAGGAGUGCUUCUCUUUGGCCCGCCGGGGACAGGAAAAACUCUCUGUGCUCGUGCUGUUGCUAAUAGGACUGAUGCCUGCUUCAUCCGAGUGAUUGGAUCUGAGCUGGUGCAGAAAUACGUAGGAGAGGGUGCUCGAAUGGUUCGGGAACUCUUUGAAAUGGCCAGAACAAAAAAAGCUUGCCUUAUCUUCUUUGAUGAAAUUGAUGCUAUUGGAGGGGCUCGCUUUGAUGAUGGGGCUGGAGGGGACAAUGAAGUCCAGCGCACUAUGCUAGAAUUGAUAAACCAGCUUGAUGGCUUUGAUCCAAGAGGCAACAUUAAAGUACUGAUGGCAACCAACAGACCUGAUACUUUGGAUCCAGCACUGAUGAGGCCUGGAAGACUGGAUAGAAAAAUAGAAUUUAGCCUGCCAGAUCUGGAGGGACGAACUCACAUCUUCAAGAUUCAUGCCCGUUCAAUGAGUGUUGAAAGAGACAUAAGAUUUGAGUUGCUAGCUCGGCUGUGCCCUAACAGCACUGGUGCUGAAAUUCGAAGUGUGUGUACAGAGGCAGGUAUGUUCGCCAUCCGAGCAAGGAGAAAAAUUGCCACUGAAAAGGACUUCUUGGAAGCUGUGAACAAAGUAAUCAAGUCAUAUGCCAAAUUCAGUGCUACACCUCGUUAUAUGACUUACAACUGAUUCUAGAUACCACUGAGAAAUCUCCUUCAUAUGGCUAAUACUAUGCAGAGUAAUAUCAAAAGUUCUAGUUUGUGUGUGUGGUGUAACAUAGUUGGACUAGUAGAAAUAAAUGGAAUAUUCCAAGUUA